AUGAUACCGGCGUCGUUUCGUUGCACGAACAGAAUUUCAACUAUUGCAAUUUUGGCUUCGUUGAUGAUCAUUGCAAUUUUUGGAAAAAUUGAAUUUGUGGCGUCAUCAUUGGCAACAAAACAUCAUGCUGAUGGAUUGCAAACGAACUCUCCAUCGUCAACCCUAAAUUCCAAUUGUCAGAUAUCUGUGGCUGAUCGUUACGAGACAGCAUGGAAUGAUUUCAUUCCCUUUUCAACUUUGGAAAAUAACAAUUCAUCUCCUAUUGUGAAUGGAACAAGAGAUUCCUUUUUAGAUGAAUGGGUCUGGCCCAUUGUUCAAUCUCUCUAUUUCAAUUCAUUCAUGAGCGGAUUAUUUGCGGGAGUUAUUGCAAUUCUUGUGACGGUGAUUAUCGAAAAAUUUGGACCUCAAAUCGGUGGAGUGAUUGGAACAUUGCCAACCACCAUUGUACCUGCUGCUAUUGGGUUUGUUAUUGAGGCAAAUAAGCGAAAUUUGGAGUGGGAAGAGAAAAAGCAUGUAUUGGUUCAGCAAUUUUUUGUCAUACCUUGGGCUCUUUUUUGCAACGGCUUGUUCUUACUUGUGUGGAAGGUAUUUCCUGACAUGUUUGAAAAGCUUAAAUCACUACUUUGGAAAGAUAAGAAAAUAACAACAGAAUCAAUAGAAUCAAUUGAGAAAAUGAAAGAAACUCCCACAAAAGAGUCACUUGAAACAACUCAUGAAUUGUCUGUUCAAGAUGAAACUAGUUUCGAAUCAACGGUAGUCGACAAUGAUGAAUUACCAGUACCCUCGCCCUCGGAGAUGAAAGAAGUCGAAGAAGAUUUAUCACGCGAGUCAACGAAAGAAAAUUUAUUGCAACCCUCAGAAGUGAUUCAUAGUUCAGGAAUGAGCCAAGAUAAUUCACACCAUGAUGUAGCCAAUGGUGUGGCAGAAGCUUCAGAAACAGUAGUACAAGCAGAAGUACAGAUACAACCCCACAGUAGGAGAUAUGUUAUUUUGAAAAUGUGUCUUGUGAUAUUUCUGUCACUGUUGGUUUGGUUCGUUCUUGCAAGUGUUUUUGUUAUCAUUACUCGAACGGUGACAUUGUCUGAUGAAGUAUUGAUUGGAUUGGGUUGCUCUUUUUAUGUUCUCUUGUUGAUCAUUAGCAUUCCAUUCAAUUGGACCAUCACCAUUCCAAAAAACCCCAUACCACCCAAAAAAGCAGCAUGGUGGAUGAUUUUAUCAAGAGGAAUUUUUGCAUUUAUCAUUAUUGCAAUUUCUGUUAUCUUGAGUGGAUUGAAAUUAACCAUUAUUUCUGGGCUACUUACAGCAUUCCCUGCUAUUUUUCUGACUGCCAUGGUGACACUAUGGCUCACUCAGGGAGAGCAAGCAAGUGUUCGUGCUGCCUCUGCCAUGAUGUUAGGCUCCACAAGUAUUCCAGUGUUUGCCAUUUCUGCAUGUGUAGCAUUGCUAUACAUGAACAUGUUUGUAGCCAUCGCUGUCGCGUAUGUGGCAAGUGUGGCUUUCGGUAGUGUUCCUGCCUAUGCAUUCUUGUGGUGGCGGAAGAGAGUUGCUGUAAAGAAAAACUUACUGGCCUCGCCACAGAAAUUGUAA